GCAGCGGACGAAGCUUUCUGCAUGCAGAGGACAGAGAAGAACUGCACCUUGCCUGCGACACGGACAGACGGGAGCAAAAAGACAGGGAUUUCUUUUCGUGGAGUUAUGACCCUUUAGUCUCUUUUAUGAAUCCGUCUUUGGUUCCCAAUGUGCCAACAUGGAGCUGGACACACAAAUAUUUUAAAGCCUGCUUUUUCAACACAAAGAGUAUGGGCUAAUUCAGUAUUCUCCAAAGACUCUCCUUCAUUACACUCUUUAAGUUAAAAGACCUUUAAAUAUGUGUGAAGUGUCUUCACUGUCCUGUGCCAGUGAAUAUCUGCCACCCACGGUUUGGUACAAUGCAACAGGAUUAAGUGUCUGCUACCUGUGACCCACCUCUCACUAUGUGGCUAUCCUGUGUCUUCUGGCCACAACUGUUUUGGGCCUUCAGUCUCUGCUUUCUUGGGGAAAUUAUGACAGUGUUAGAAGCAUCUCCACUAAACUGCCAAGAUACUUGCAUUUGUGCAAGCGAUGUCAUCACUUGCUCCAAGAAGGAGCUGGCAGUGAUCCCAAGUGGUCUACCUAAGUAUAUAGCAAUGCUGGACCUCACUCACAACCACCUGUCACGUCUGCGGGCUGAAUGGACUCCAGCUCCACUUCAGAGGCUACACACUUUAUUGCUAUCACACAAUCUUAUCACUUUUGCAUCAUCGGAGGCUUUCCAUCUGACCCCAAACCUGCGUUACCUCGACCUCUCCUGUAAUAAACUGCGAGCACUUGAUGAGAAUGCAUUUAGUGCUUUGGAAAACCUAGAGGUUCUUGUUCUCUUUAAGAAUGCCAUUGUCGAUAUUGAUCGCAGUGCUUUCGAUGAUAUGAUUCAUUUGCAGAAGCUGUACCUGAGCUACAAUUUGGUGACCCGCUUCCCCAUUGAACUGGUGAGGGAUGGGGAAAAAUUGCCAGAGCUGUCAUUACUUGAUCUCUCUUUCAAUAAAAUAAAGAGCCUCCCGGUGCCACAACUGCGGGUGCUGCCCGCCUGGCUGUCCAACAGGCUUUACUUACAUGGAAAUCAACUGACCUGCAACUGUGAAGUGUACGGACUGUACUGGUACUGGCAUGUCCGACAGCUGGCUUCCACGGUGGACUUCAGAGAACAGAUACAGUGUUACCCACCAUCCCAGCAAAGGACUGUUUCUAUAAAUGUUUUUUCCCUGAAUGAAAGUGAAUUCAUGAACUGCAGCAUUGUGCGAGAGAGUGGCAUGGAGGCAUACCUGCAGGAUACAGUCGUUUUAAACUGUGAUUCUAAACAAAGAGAUGUAAACCAGAUUUGGAUGACGCCUGGAAAUGAGAUCCACAGACCGUAUGCUGAGAAAGAGACAAAUAGCAGCAUAUCUGUGCUGAAUAAUGGUAGUCUGCAAAUAAGACAUAUCCGUUUGGAGGACCGGGGCACAUAUACUUGUUAUGCUCAAGGUGUGGCAUUGAAUGAGACACUGUAUGUCACUCUCAGUGUGUUUAAUGUAACAAGACAAGUGCACCAAGAUACACUUAAUACGGCAUAUACUACUCUUGUGGGCUGUGUGGCUAGUGUCAUCCUAGUCCUGAUCUAUCUAUAUCUGACACCAUGCCGCUGCUGCUGUAGGACAGGUGAUCGAGGUCAAGGAGAGGACAGGGACAGUAUCCGUUCCUCAGUCCUCAGUGCAACACCUAACCACGAGACUACAAGUGAGAAAGCAGCUCUCAGUCGUCAUGUGGCUUUUCUGGAGCCCCCUGGAGACCUUCGGGGUCAAAAUGGAAAGCUUAAACCAAAUGGCUCACAGGGUGCACCUGGGAUAAAGAACAACUUUCUACAACCUUCAUCUCCACAAAGGAAGUUGUCAGAUCCUGGGUCCAUAAGUUCUGUGUUUUCUGAUACCCCUAUUGUAGUGUGAGCGGUAAAUACUAUCUCAUGAAUGGUUGCAAAGCUCUCUAAGUAACCUCCAACUCUAGAAUUCUUAUUAGAAAUCUCCUGAAAGUGCAUGUGCAUGUCAGGUUAGUGUUCAGAGACCAGGAAAGAGGCGAGAGGGGCGAGAUUUCAAAGUUGAAUUGGGAAUGUUAGUACGGUAAGGAUAAUGUAGACAAGUAUCAAACACAAGUAGAAUACAGAUGGAGAUCACAAGAGGCUUGAGUGAACUACAUGUAUUAGAUCUAGUCUAGCCGUCAGCAAUCUAAACAAAUGGGAGAAAGAAUACAAUUAAAUCUACAGUUCUAACUAAUAGGAGUUACCAACUAGUCAAAAAAUUCAAUGCAGAAAAGUUAUUCUUUACAUUAUACGCCAUAACUGCUUUGUCAAAUACAAUCGAACUGCACACCAUAGCUGUUAGGUGCUGCUGACACAUGGAAAGAAACUCCAAAGGGAGGGUAUGGCACAUUGCCCCUGGAGAGGGUUACAAUAGACUGGAGUCUGUACUGAGAGCACAGAUCAGUUACCAUAGACUCUGGCUGAUGUCAGUAAUGAAAAGCACAAGCCUCCACAGUAGCUUGGAAGGAAUAUAAAGUUACUAAAACUCAUAAACGCUUCACUUGUUAGUAUAGUAGUUUAGCACACAUGCAUCCAAAUCUCUAGAAGAUGCUCCUCAUGCUUCAGAACCCCAUUAAGGCCUUGUUCACACUUCAGUGACUCAUGGACAGCACAUGUUCCCAUUGCUGUUAAUGUAUUUGUUCACACUGUGGGUCAGUGAAAAACAUCACAGGAGCAUACACUACUUUGGUUGGUGAUGCGGACCAAAGAAGUCUAGGGGUCUGUCAAAAACCACUGGCACAACACAAAUGGCAUCUGUCUUCUGUCAGUGGUUUUUUAUGGACCAUUGAUAGGAGAUGCUCUGGAAAUUAAUUUUCUGCUGAAAUACAGAGGGCAAAAUACAGAUACACAGACCAAACACAAAUUCUUCACAGAUAAAACAGAGAUUUUCUACAAAUGUCAAACGGACACGGAAAUGUGAACGAGGCCUAAGUGACAGUCUGUAGUCCUUUUGAAUUUGAAGUUCUGGGAAUUUGAUGUUACUGGUGCAAGACUGGCUGAAAACUGUUGCCAGGUUCCAUCGCUUCUCUAUAUGUGGUGCCCUUUUUUCUACAGGUGCUCACAGGUGCCCGCAUUGUUAUUUAUACCAGGUGACUGCAGUCUAGCAUGCCAGAUACUCAGUCAUUAGUACCACCAAUAUUCAGUAUUGUUUCCUUCAUUACCUUAUUCCCCCACCUUAAGCCUCAUGCAGA